AAUUGAAAGUCUAAAAUACCAAAAUAAUUCCGAGUGUGUGAUUGUUGUUUUGUGGUGAUAUGUGGUGAUUGAUGCUGUAUUAUGUUAUUUUUCCAUGAUUGGAGAAGUGGGAUGGCAUCCUAGGUAGUGGUCGACUAUUCCAAUAUAACAAGCACCAGUAUUUUGAUGUCACAAAUGUUUUUGCGUUGAAAGUCGAUGAAUGACAACUGGACUGGAGAGCUGAUUUCAAAUUCAACUUCCAUUAUUUAUGCUAAAUACCUCCGUCACCGCGCUUAGCCGAAAUGUCGCCACUGCCGGAGCCCAUGUACUGCUCGCAGCAGAUUAAAGUACCGCCGGCCUUUCCGGACAUUCUGAAGCAGUACACGAAGGCGGCGAUUCGCACCCAGCCACGCGACCUGGUGCGCUGGUCAGCCGCCUACUUCCUGGCGCUGGCCAACGGGGAGCGGCCGCCGAUGAAGCAGCGACUCGAGUUUCCGCCCCCACCGGCCACUAUGAAUGGCCUCACACAGGGCUAUCUGCGGGCCCUGCAUAGUCAGUUUGAGGACCGCAAGACGGUGACGGCGGAUGACAUCCGUGACGUGUGGCAGUCGCUGUGCCUGCUGCGUCAGGCGCUGGACGACCUGCUACUGGCCGGCGGAUUCGACGAAGAACAAAUUGACUGGCUGCAGUUCCUGGCGCUGGCCGCCGGCACUCUGGAAAAAGACCUGACAGGCACCAUGCGUAUGGUAUGUGAAAUAAUCACCGCUGAGCCGGCCGGGGGCAGCGCUGCCAUUCCGUACAACACCUUCGAGCGCAUCUACAAGUACCUGGCCACCGCCGACGGAUCGGUGCCUGAUUCUCGCGUAAACAACGUGCUGGAGUACCUGCGGACGGAGUCGGAUAAGACGAGCCGCAUGGUGAUGCCGCGCCAGUUUGAGCAUCAGGACUGCCCUCCGCUCCACUAGGUUCCAUCAGCAGAGUGGGGAGGGGUACCGCUCAAGCCCGAGACGGUCGACUGACCGUGGUGCUUAGCGGCAAGCCCGCCCUCAGAAGAGAGGGUUAGAGCAAGCCUUCGACUCCGUCCACUUCGACGUUCACGCUACUUCUAGAAGUUGCCCUGAGGACCGACCGUCCACAGCUGAGUGUGCUACACCGGUCGCUAGAGAGCCGAUCUCGCCCUUCGUGAUCUCACCGUGAAGCCAUUUAUCACAUCUCAUCGCUUUUUCGCUGCUCGUCACGCCAACACGCGGGGCGUAUUACACGGAUCCGUCUAUUGACACAAAGAAAAUGUCGCAGUUUUCUACACGCGCCACACGCUAGCAAUGUGUUUUGCCGUUAAAAUGCGUCGUUUGUUGAAACGUCAAGCGAUAUCGGGUAACAAACUUGUUGUAUUGAGUGUCGUGAUGCGGUUUAAAUUUGGUUGUGGUCUUCCCCUGACCCCUGAAGACUGCCUUACCCAUUACAUUCAUAUAAAAGGCUGUGCACUGUUGGUUUUUAAACAUUCAAGUGUCAUGCACAGAGCGAAUCGCGUUAUUUCUUAUAUUUACCGUACCUGAGUUUGUAAAAAAUCUAGUCAUUGGUGUUGCCUGGCUGCGCACAUGAACGUUUAUUUAUCAUUACCGUGUAAUAUUAUAUUAUGACCACAAUAAAAGUCCACUAGAGCCA